AUGACUUUGAAACGCCAAUUGAGUCCAUCCUCUGCUGCGCUGGCGCUGCUGUCUUUGACAGGCGCCAUGUGGCCAACUGGCGCUCUUGCGGGGAGCGCCAACGGCAACAGCGAGGGAUACAAACCGAGAGAGGACAUCCCAGUGUCAUGUUUGAACCGGACAAUCCUCGGCAAACUUCAAUAUGUGCCCUUUGUCACUUGCAACGAAACUGCCCGCCCUCUCUCCCUCCACUACGGCGUCUCCGAAACGAUAACAUGCACUAUCGACUCACUUACCGAUGAACUCUACCAUCUCCUCGAGUUCUACGUCCACUCCGAUGUCCCAAUGACCUGCCGCGUGCCAACGGCACCACUCACACCCUCCGCCGGCGCAGUAGAGAAAGCGGACAAAGACUCGGACGACAAAUCGGGAGAAGUAGACUCUCUCUCAGCACUGGCCGACAACGGACCUCCCUUCACGCCCCUCACAAUCGCGCUGCAGGGCACGCUGCAACUGAGCCACUUGCACAUCUGGACGGAUAUGAACGUCGUGAUGCACAACAUGGCCUCGGACGCGGCCGCAGAGCAACAGAGCAAGACCAACAUCGGCCAGUCUGGACAGCCUGGGUUCGCAGUUGGCGGUAUCGCAUACUCGACCCCGGAGUUUGAUAACACAGGCAAGAAUCCCAAGCUGGAUGCGGACGAGGAACCUGUUGCUCUUGCGCAGGCGGCGCGCGAGCCUUGGACUGCUGGACACGGCACUAAGGUUGUGCGCGGGGAGCCGCUUACGUUCUCUUUCCAUGUUGCAUGGCUGGAGGGCGGCGCGAGCAUUGGGUGGCCGGUGCGGCCUGCUUCCGAGUCCUGGCUGGCUUUGGCGACUGGGUCUGGGAAGAGCUCCGGUUCUUUCUUUUCUAAGCUGGCGUUCUUUGUCAUGGCGGCUUCGGUUGGCGCUUUGGUUGCGCUGUUCUGGGAGCGCAAGGGUGGGCGUUCGCGUGGUCGGCCUACUUGGCAUGGAGAUGGGCUUUUGGGUGGCACUCCUGCGCGCGGGGCGAUGGGUGCUGGUGUUACCUUUGGAAAUGGAGGAAAGGCCAAUGGGUAUGGUGGUUACUCUGGCUCUCCUAACGGUAAUGGGAACGGGGUUGGAGGGGGAUAUGGAUUCCCAAGCGGGAAGAGGGAUUGA